AUGUCUAUGUUUGCUUCACUUGCUAUUUAUAAAGUUGCCAAAGAUGCAGCUGGAAUUGCUGGUAACAUCUUUGCUUUUGGGUUAUUUGUAUCUCCCAUACCUACAUUUAGGAGAAUUAUCAGAAAUGGGUCAACCGAAAUGUUCUCAGGGUUACCAUACAUUUACUCCUUAAUGAACUGCUUAAUCUGUUUGUGGUAUGGAACUCCUUUGAUUUCACAUGAUAAUAUUUUGGUUACAACUGUUAAUUCAAUUGGAGCGGUUUUUCAAUUUGUGUACAUAAUCCUCUUCAUGAUGUGUGCUGAGAAAGAAAACAAGGUGAAAAUGCUUGCGUGGUUGAUGGUUGUUCUUGGCGUGUUUGCAAUCAUAUUGAUUGGAAGUUUGCGAAUCGACGACAUUGUAAUGCGCCGGUUAUUUGUUGGAGUUUUGAGUUGUGCAUCUCUGAUUUCGAUGUUUGCUUCUCCGUUGUUUAUAAUUAAAUUGGUUAUUCAGACAAAGAGUGUUGAAUUCAUGCCGUUUCAUCUCUCACUUUGCACCUUCCUAAUGAGCACUUCUUUUUUAGUCUACGGAUUACUCAGCGAUGAUAUUUUCAUUUAUGUGCCAAAUGGGAUAGGAACCAUUUUGGGAACCAUCCAGUUGAUAUUAUACUUUCAUUAUGAGAAAAAAUCUAGGAUAGACGCCGAAGAACCGUUGAUCGUCUCAUAUGCAUGA